AUGGAUUGGACGCUAGAUGAACUCAUUGAGAAAUACCCUAGAAAACACGAAUUACAGAGCUUUUUCAAGUCUAAUACACGAGAGGUAUUGUUUUGUCAAAACAAAGAAUUUUCUGAAGUUCCAAAUAAGUUGCUUGAUAAUAUUGAAAAUCCAUUGACAUUGGCGGCUACAGCACUUCAACAUCAUCAUAUAUCUGUCAUGUUUACAUUUUAUAAUAAUGGUAAUAAGAUAAAUAUAAAUUUCCCACCGACGGGCCAAUUCUGGGAAUCCUUGACAAUUCUAAUGAAUAUGAAUAGAUUAAGUGUGUUGCUUUCUUUACUUCGAACUAUUUAUAAGAGAUUGUCUAUAAAUAGAAUAAGUACCAUUCGAGAUGUAUUUUACGACAAUAAAGAAAUCUAUAGAACUCAACGAUCUGUUGAAAAUGGGUUAGAAAUAAUACAAAAAACAUUCAGCCUCCCUUCGAAGGAUAUGUUAAAUAUAGUGGCUGCACAAAAGGGACUUUGUUUUAGUCCUGUAUUUAUUGAAGUAUCCACAUCAGGAAAAACUGAACAAAUGAAUGAUUUGUCCACACAAUUGAUACCUUAUAUGAACAGUAAGAGUAGUGUUAAGCUUAAUACAGCAGAAAAAAUAAAAAGAAUUGUUGUUUUAGAAAAAGAAGCAGUAUUCAACAGUUUAGGAAAAUAUAUACAAGAGCGAAAAAUUCAAGAUACCAUCAUCAUUACCGGUAAAGGGUAUCCUGAUACUCUAACUAGAACCUUUCUGGAAGUAUUACAAAGAAGUAACGCAAGUUAUGAGCAAAUUUCUUGGACGAUAUUAACAGAUGCAGAUCCUCAUGGUAUCGACAUCGCAUGCAAGUACCUUACUUCUUCUUCUUCCUCAAUCGAUGUUGCUACCCAAAAACUAUCAUAUCGCGGAAUAUUUAUUACACACCUCAUCAUAUCGAAGUUUAAAGAUACUUCAAACUCAAUUCAAUUUUUACCACUAUCUGCUUUAGAUUCUAUUGUAGCCAUGAAUUUGCUAGCAAAACUAGUUGAUGAUAGUAGUAGUAAAGAAGUUAUCCAUUAUUCUAAAAGAAACUUGGUCAGAGAACUUCAAGUACAAUUAUUCUUUCAAAAGAAAGCUGAAAUGAAUGGUAUGACUCCUUCUGACAUUAUGCAAUUAUGA